CACAUUUCUGAAAAUAUUUCAUUUAAAAAAAUAUAUAUUUGACGGGAACUAGGUAUUUAGUGCUAUAUUAGUCAACAAGUAACCAAUCAUGACAGACACUCUGACUGCUAUAAGUGAGAACACCAAAAUGGCGAGGGAGACAGCCCUAUUUGGACAAUAUGACACAUCACUCGUCUACUAUCAGGGGGUCAUUCAAGACAUUCAGAAGUACCUGUCUGCCAUCAAAGACCCAGACAGACGAAGAAAAUGGAUGCAGGCCAGAGAAAUGAUAUCCUCUGAGUGCGACCAAGUAAAGGAGAUUUGUUCCACACUGUCGAGCUUCAAGACAACAAACACCAGACCACCAGCCUACAAUUAUGACAACCAGGAAAUCGGAUCUCCUUACGGAAAUUUCGGUAGAAACGAUUAUUCCAGACAUGAGGAGCCAACCAGAGACCCUGAUGUGUGGCCACCACCAACCCCCGUGGAACACAGACCAGGCCCUAAUAUACGAGCAGCCAGGAAACCGGAGCCAAGCAGAAACCGCCAAGCACCUAGCCGUCCUGGUUAUGGGGACAGGAGAGGGCCAAGUCAGCCAAGUGGUCGGGGUAGAGGGGGAGGGGCUGGUCAAAAAGACAACAAGAAAAAGCAAGACGAUGGAGAAAAGAAGUUUGAUCCUACUGGAUAUGAUAAAGAUCUGGUGGAAAAUUUGGAAAGAGACAUUGUACAGAAAAAUCCUAAUGUCAGCUGGGACAGCAUAGCUGAUCUGGUGGAGGCCAAGGCCCUCCUGAAAGAAGCUGUGGUACUACCUCUGGUCAUCCCUGACUUCUUCAAAGGAAUCAGGAGACCUUGGAGGGGAGUGUUAAUGGUGGGCCCACCAGGCACAGGUAAAACCAUGCUGGCCAAAGCGGUGGCGACAGAAUGCGGCACUACAUUUUUUAAUGUCUCCUCCUCCACCCUAACCUCCAAAUGGCGGGGGGAAUCUGAGAAACUUGUCCGAGUUCUCUUUGAAAUGGGUGUGUUGAUGGUCGGCCCUCCGGGAACUGGCAAGACCAUGUUAGCUAAAGCUGUGGCUACGGAGUGUGGGACGACAUUUUUUAAUGUCACGUCCUCCACCCUCACCUCUAAGUACCACGGAGAAUCCGAGAAACUGGUGCGGAUUUUGUUUGAGAUGGCUCGAUUUUACGCACCCAGUACUAUAUUUAUUGAUGAGAUUGACUCAAUUUGUUCCAAGAGAGGAGGGGGACAGGAACACGAGGCGAGUCGCCGAGUCAAAUCAGAACUGUUGAUACAAAUGGAUGGUGUAUCUGCCACGCAAUCUACGGAUGAGGAGGGAGAAAACAAGAUUGUUAUGGUGCUGGCUGCCACCAACUUCCCGUGGGACCUCGAUGAGGCCCUGAGGAGGCGAUUGGAGAAACGAAUCUACAUUCCACUUCCUACAGAAAAGGGUAGAGAAGAAUUGCUGAAAAUCAACUUGAAAGGAGUACAGAUAGCUAAGGAUGUCAAUCUGGGUGAAGUAGCCAAAAAUCUGAAUGGUUACUCUGGGGCUGACAUCACAAAUGUCUGCAGAGAUGCUGCCAUGAUGUCAUUCCGUCGAAGAAUUAGUGGGCUGAGUGCAGAACAAAUCCGGAUGAUUCCCAAGGAGGAGCUGGAACUCCCCCCGACCAUGGAGGACUUUAACAACGCCAUCAAGAAGGUCAAUAAAAGUGUGUCAAAUGAGGAUCUGGAACGAAAGAAAAUGGCGGAGAUCGCUGAAUCGGAGAGCGACUACCAGCCAGAUGUAGAUCACCACAGUUUUAACCCAGACAAUGUGAACACAGCUGAAUCGACGACCUUUAACCCUGAUCACAUGAUGGAGGUGGACAAAGUGACAGAGGCAGGUUCCUCUGUGGAUGGUGUAGAUCACAUGUCAUGGUCUGGCGAUUCGCUGGAUCACAGUCUCCGUUUGGAGGAGGUUCCUGUUACUGCAGGGGGAGAUCACUCUAAUUCACAGUGUAUGUCUCCUGCAGAGAAGAGACAGAGGAUAGACGACAGCGGAAAAGAGUCUCCUAAGACAUCAGCGAGGGGAUCACCAAGACCUCAGACGGGGGACAACCAUUCCGUGUCAUCAGGGAAAGCUUCCUCAACAGAAGAAUCCAGAAAAAGUCCAGAUCAUAAAGCUCAAGAUGCACAACGAAAAGAAAAAGAGAAAGAAAGAGAGGAGAAGAUUCGUGUUCAGCGAGAGAAAAUGGCUGAAGAACGGGCCAAAAAGUUAGAGGAGAUGAAGGAACAGCAGCGAUUGGCCCAGGAGAAGAGAGACAGGCAACUCGAACUACGACGGAUGAAAAUCGAGGAGCUACGGAGACGUGACGAGGAACGCAGAGUGGCUGUUGAAGAACGCCGUAAAAGACUAGAAACCCAAGACAAGGCUAGAAAGGAGGCCAUUAUCCAGAAAUCCAAUGAGCGUCAGACGCGGUAUGAACAGUGGAAGGCCCAGAUGAACAGCCGUAAAGGUGGGAUUAGCUAUGUGAUCGGCUUUGGAAGUCGAGCACCACGCUCUGUGUGUCAGCCUCUAGAGCGCCGCCGAUCAUCUUCUCAUAGCACAAUCUAUCGUCGCUCACCUCAGGGUUCUGAUGCCGACUCUUAUAUCCCUCACAGACGGGCUUUCUCUGCCUGUAGCGUGCGGAGACACUGCUGUAUAGAUAUUAACAAACUCACGGGGCAGGCACCUAGUGGACCUCCACCCACCAGACCCAAGAGCACAAUGAACCUGUCACACAGGGAAACAGUCAAAUUACGUGAGAAGACCACCCCCAGGAAACCCCGCCCUGCCAGUAUAGCAGGAUCCUCACCUAACUUCUCUCCUAACGUGAAGAAGGCUGCAGAUUCACGUAGCAAAAGUACGGAUCGACUCUCAAGACCAAGAGAGAGGUCUAAGCCUCCCACUCCAAGAAUGUUUCCAAAGAAAGAUGUGGAUACACAGAAACACAUCAAAGACACACCCAAGAAGGAGACCCCCAAAGAAAUCCACAGGAGGGACCUGUCUAAAGACAUCAGCAAGAUAGAGAAAAUGCCAGUGAAAAAAGAGACUCCAAAACGAGAGAAAGAUGAACAGAACAAACAAGAGAAAGCCUCAGAUAAGAAGACACCAGUAAAGCAGCCAGAAACAAAGACAACUACCAAAUCUGGGUCAAAGGAAAUCAAGAAAGAGGUCAAGGUCAAGAAAGCUGUAGCAACAACCCCAGAGAAAGAGAAAGCCCUUCUGGAUCAGAAACCAGAAUCCAAGAGCAAAGAAGAAAAAGAAGUUGCUGAAAGUGUUCCUGAAAAAGUAGAGAAGCCAGAUGUUGAAGAACAAGUGGCAGAUAUUAAAGACAUCAACAUUUUAGAAGAUCUGGUUCCCUCAAAGUCUGUUGAAGAUUCAUCAGUAGUGACAGAAAAAGUAUCCACCCCAGAGCCAGAAGAGAAAUCAGAGACAAUGGUACCCAAACAAGAAACAGAGGAACCUUCUGUUGUCAAAACAACAGAACCCAAACCGGAAACGCCGGAACCUGCUGGAGUCAGAACACCAGAACCCAAACCAGGAACACCAGAACCUACUGGGGUAAAAACACCAUCAUCUGCACCAGGCACUCCAGAGAAGGUGGCCACCAGGACAGUUUCUCCUAAACCAGGAACCCCACCACCAUCUGCAAGAGCAGGAUCCCCCAAACCUGGUACCCCUUCAUCUGCUACCAAAAGUAAGAAGGAAUUAGAACUAGAGGAGUACAAAAACAAACUUGCCGAGAAACGACGUCAGGCGAGGGAGAAGGCAGAGAGAGAAGCGGAGCUAGAAAGACAGCGACAAGAGGAAUUAAGGCGUCAGGAGGAGGAGCGACAGAGACGUGAGGAAGAGGAACAGAGACAAAUGGAGGAAGAAGCCCAGCAGCUGGCUGCACAGGCAAGGCAGGCAGAGGAAGAGAGGCUCCGAAAGGCAAUAGAGGCUGAGGAGCUCCGAAAGAAGGAGGAACAAGAGAAACUGGAGCAGGAAAAGAAAGCAAGAGAAGAAGCAGACCAGCGGGCUCGUGAGGAGGCAGAGAAGGUGGAACGAGAGAGACAGGAGAAAGCCAAAAAAGACGAGAUGGAGAGACAGGAGAGAAAAAAGAGACUAGAGAUGAUCAUGAAGAGGGUGAAAUCGGAUUCUCCACUGAACGCUUCUGCUGGCAUUUCAGCAUCCACAGAAAAUCUCAGGAGUGAGGGAAUGUCUUCAUCGCUGUCCACCUCUCUCCUCGGAUCCUUGACCGCUUCUUCUGACAGACUGGACGAUCAGAGGACAAGUGAAAAUGGAGUGGCAUUUAACCUAGAGGACACAAACGGAGAGGGAAAACCCCAGGAAAACACAGGAUCCAAAUUCAAAUCUCCACUACUACAGAAACUAGUGGAAAACAAAUCUCAAAAUGGGGGCAGUGAAACACCCAAAUUCAAAUCACCACUCUUACAAAAUUUGCUAGGGAAAAAGGGAAGGUUAAAUUUAGAUAAAUUAGAUAGUGAAAAAUCUGAUGGAUCAGAUACUGAGAGAAAUGACUCCAAACCUGAGAAUGGAGAUUAUAUUCCUGAGGAGACAAAUUAUAGUGAACGUACAGUGAAGAGUUCCUUACAAGGGGAUGUAACUCUUGAGAAAAGUGAUAGUAUAGACAGUGAGGAGAAUAGUACCUCCAGUGACAGUAAAGGGGAGACUGUGAUACAAGGUAGUGAAGAUACACCUGUACAGAAUGGGCGAGUACAUCAAGACCUUAUAGACUCUAGUAUUAGCAUGACAACAGAUGAUUCUUUGGGAACUUCUGUGACAGUUGAAGGUUCUCUCAGUGCUUCUCACAGCCAGCAGGUGCCCCCAGAUACAGAAUUCGAGGAGGUUAUAGACUUAAAUAAUAGGAACAAAACCUUAGCUAAUACUGAGGAUUUGCUGAAUUUGAAUACAGUAGAGGGUUUAGAUAACCGGGACACUGGAGACGACAUCAUACCAAAACCAAUCAUCGCCUUCGAAGACAAUGCAACCAGACGACAAGAAGUCACAGUGUUAACCAAUGGGGUGACCAUGGGGACAGAUGAUUCCACCAAUCAUCAUAAUGGGAUUGAGUCUAGGACCCCAACAGAGAAUUCCUCUUCCUCGGUCAUCUUAAGCCAUCAUGUGACAUCAUCAGUGGGUAACCCUCAGAAAUCACCGGCCCCCAGUCAGAGGGACAUACUCUGGCAACAGCUGGAGAAAGCCAUGGUGUCCAGUAUUGAUCGUGUCCGGUCAACACUGGAGGAUCAUGGGAUAGGAGAGGGAGAUGAGGACAGUGAAUCUGAGGAGGGAAAUAUUUGGAGAAUGGUGCAGGGGGAUUCCCCUUACACCAUAGAAUUUGUCUGAUCCAUCUUUGUUUUAGAUAUAUAUGUUAUGAUAGAAUGAUGUGUGUAGAAUUAUGAUGGUUUCAUUUUUGCCAGUCUCAACAUUGACAGAGUAUUACAUGAAUUAUGAAAACAAUAGUGAAGCAUAUGAUAUAUGAUAACUAAUUAAAUUUUGAGAUAGCAAUAGGGUAGCAUAUGAUUAAAUCUUGAGGUUGGAAUCUCAUUAAAAGUUUCCAUUUGUUAAUAAUGCUAAAAAAGAAGAGAAAUAGAUAAAAAUAGUAACAAGACGAUUCCCAUUGAUCCCCAUUGUGAUCCCCAGCCAUCCAUAUGUAUAGAUUCACUAUUUAUUUCUAGUUUAUUCAUAGUCACAUGACUGUCAUGUGAUAUAUGAAUGACAAUAGGUGCGGUGUGGGUUUACAGAUUUUGUGAUUUUUUCCCCACAUUCAUUGAGCAUUUGCUUGCAUUUGAAUAGUGCAUAUUUAUGGUAUUUUUAAUGUUAUUGUUACUAAGUGCAUCAGUUACUUUUUAUGAUCUUUUUUUACAGUAAUUUUUUUUAAAAUUUAUAUUGAUUUAUUUUUCCUAUGUUGAACAUAAGGAACAAACGUGAAACUGGUGUACAUUUGUUGACUUCUUCCUGUAUCUUACCAAGUGCUCAUCUGUAUAACAAACUAUCAUGUGUGGUAUAAGUACAGAGAAAGGAGAGAUAUGUAAUAAAGGUGAACUUGUGAUAUCUUCUCAUUAUAACAGUAAUAUAUGUAUCUUAAUACUUGUAUUAAACUAUAUUGACAGUAUUUAUUAUAAGAAAUAUCUGUAUCUAGUCUUGUAUCCAUACAGUAUACAAAUUACUGUUACAAAAGCUUUUAAUGACCUCCCAAGCACAGGUGGUUAGUUUGGGAGCCUGCCAGUUAUCAACCUCAGGACAUAGAUUUUUUUGUAAAAUUUAAUGAAGCAUCUCAUACCGUACUUUGAAAAAUGACACAGUUUGUAAUGUCUUGCGUAAAAGUUCAGCUGUUGAUACAUGUAAGUCAUAUGUGUUAACUUAAUAUAAAUGUAAAUUGUUUUAGACUAAUUCUUUUAAUUCUGUGAGAAAAAAUCAUAUCUUCUAAAAUUUUUGUCAAAAUUUUUCUAAGCAAUUCCAGCAUUUCCUCCUUUCAGUUUGUUUACCUAUUGCUAAUGAGAUGUACCAGUGACUCAUGAACAAGUAACAAGCAGCAGAUCUAGGCUUUCUAGGUCUCUUCUUAAGACUUUAUCUAAUGUUCACUCCACAUCAGCUUAAUUAUCGGGAUCCCUCUUUUUCGUUAUAAUUCAUUUUAAUUUCAUUAUCUCAUUAUUUGUAAUAAGCUUAUUGGUUUUUAUAAUGUGUCUCAGCAGAGCAGAAUGGUCUCAUUUGACAGUAUCUCUAGAUUCCAGAAGAUUAUAGUGCAGACAGACUCCACAUUUAAUAUCCCACCAUCUACAGGAAAUAAUCCCUCUCCUAAGUGUAUCUAUAAUCUAGUCCUAAUGAAAAAUCCUUAUACAUCAUAUAAUGACUGCGUGUCAAGAGAGACAACUCUGCCAAGAUUAAUUUAGCUCGCUUUGACACAUUAUAAAUGGACCAGUCAGGGGUGAUGGGCCUAUCAAAGCACACCUCUAGGUCCCUUGUAGUGGUUCAUAUUUCGACAGAAACUAACAAGGGCCUUAACUCUUACUCAUUUUUUUUUUAUUUCAUUGUGUGGUUAUGGUGAAAUAGAAUGCUGGAAUUGUUUGAACAGGUUAAUUAAAAUUGAAAGGAAAUAAUUGAACAAAUGAUUAUUGACUGUCUUGACUGUGGUAACUAUUUUUACAGAGUGAUUAAUUAAGAUAAUCUCGUUAACUAGCCUUGGUUUGUACAACUUUAUAUCUGAGCAUUCAUGCUGAAGCCCCAGGUUCUAUGGUGGUUCUUAUGUUCUAUGUACUUACUGUAACUUAUUUCUGUAAUAUGGCUAUUGUACAUGAAUGAUCUAGCUUUGCUUUUUCCUGACAUCAGUUAAAUGCAGAGCUAAUGUGUCUUGUCACUACAAAAGAUAAAUAAAACACAAAGAAAUUAA